AAACUCCGCAUUCCCAGUUCAGGAGUUGAAAUAGUAUCAGAGGGCAAGAGCCUUUCUCUCCAGCAACACGCUCCAUCCCUCAGGAGCAAAGAGAAACUACCGGAUUGGGGCAACCCACCCAGCUCACAGCCAGAGCCCUGGAGAAGGGAUUCCCCCCCCCCCCCACUGUACGCCCCUGGAAGAACCAGCAGACCUUCAGAAGCAGAGCGCAGCGAAAAGGUGUAUCCUGCGCCGCCGCUGCAGGCGGUGCCACCCAGACACUGGUGCACACAGCCACAUGCAGCCUGCUGGGGAGGCGGGACCAGGGUGCAGCAAGCCGGCUGGGACUGAGGCUGAGGCCAUCUCAGGGAGACAUUGACUGACAACGGGACCCCCUUCCUUGCGCCUGGACCAAACGUCUUCUCCUGGGGUGCCUGGUGAUCCUGAAUAUCCAGGAUGGUAUUCCUGAAGUUCCUCUGGAUGGGUUUCUUGUGCCACCUGUGUCAGGGCUACUUCGACGGCCCUCUGUACCCGGAGAUGUCCAAUGGGACCCUGCACCACUACUUCGUGCCCGACGGGGACUAUGAGGAGAACGAUGACCCUGAGAAGUGCCAGCUGCUCUUCCGGGUGAGUGACCACCGGCGUUGCUCCCAGGGGGAGGGAAGUCAGGCCAGCAGCCUGCUGAGCCUCACCCUGAGGGAGGAGUUCACUGUGCUGGGCCGCCAGGUGGAAGAUGCUGGGCGUGUCCUGGAGGGCAUCAGUAAGAGCAUCUCCUAUGACCUGGAUGGGGAAGAGAGCUAUGGCAAGUACCUGCGGCGGGAGUCCCACCAGAUCGGGGAUGCUUACUCCAACUCAGACAAGUCUCUCACUGAACUGGAAAUCAAGUUCAAGCAGGGCCAGGAGCAGGACAGCCGGCAGGAGGGCAGGCUGAACGAGGACUUCCUGGGGAUGCUGGUCCACACCAGGUCCCUGUUGAAGGAAACACUGGACAUCUCUGUGGGACUCAGGGACAAGUAUGAGCUGCUGGCCCUCACCAUCAGGAGCCAUGGGACCCGGCUAGGGCGGCUGAAAAACGACUAUCUUAAAGUGUAGAUGGAACGGCACACUGCCAGGAAGCCAGAAUCCAAUGGCUCCACUCUGGAGGCUGGGGAAUGGACAAGGGGGCUCAUGCUUCCCUGAUAAUUAUUAUUUUUAUAGUCCAGAUUUGCACUUUGAGAAUGAACCUGAGGUCAUCUAAAACAAAAGGAAAAAAAAGCGAGAGUUGAGUGGUUUUGUGUUUUGUUUUUGCACAUUACAUUAUUUAUGUGAUUGCUAUUGAUUUAUGGCCUGGGAAGAACAAUGUAAAGCAAUGCCUCCUGCCUUUCCAAGGGGACUUUAUAACUCUGCAGAGACACCUGUCUCAGCCACAUCUAAAAGGACACCAUGUAUACGGUAGGAACUGAUUAAAGUUCCCCAUCCUGGGGACCAUCUGGAAACAGAGAGUAUAGUGCGCAGUUCCUUUACACGUCAGCCUUCUCUGUUGAUGGGCUCUGAAAGCUGUCAAAGUCGCCUGUUUUUCAAAGAGGUCCAAGGUGCUGCUCUGCGUGGCUGCCAGCCAGUGGAAGUGGCCUGCUUCUUCUCCUUUUCUUUAUUUAUUAACCAUGGUCUCUGAGUUGUGUUUUUGUAAGAGUAUUUGGCUAGAAACUGUACGUAAAUCAGCUUUGGAGGGACAUUUCUAAGAUGCCUCUGUGGGUAUGUGUAAGUUAAAGAAGUCUAAGCUCUGUCGUGGUUACACACUCACAUUGAUGUGCUGAGUUACUAUGGAGAGUUUCUGUGCUUGUCUCUCAUUGUACAUCUAUGCUUUGUCAUCCGUGCCACAGUCAAUUACAAAGAAGCAGGUUGUUUGAGUUCCCACCCAAAUGCCUAUGAUUUAGGUUACCAAUGUAUCCUUUCUCAUUUGGGAGUUUUGCUUCUGUUCGCUUGUUGGAAACGUGUGCUUCAAGUUGGGGGAAUUCUAAGUCUCCAGUGACUCUUUAGCUAAAUUUUUAUUAUUCAGCCAAUAAAUAUGUUCUUAUACAA